CGGCGAUGCCUCGUUGAAUUCGAUUGGCUUGGAUGGUUGCAGUGAGUGGUGAGCACAUCCGAUCCAGCACGGUGGGAUAAGAGCAGGAUAUGUGGCCAUUGGUUGUUGACGAUGACGGGUGACGUUGCCACCGACGGAAAAUCGCAAGACUAACCAUGUCGCAGGAUAUGUGUGGCUAGAUUCAGUACUCCGUAGCUAGAUUCAGCUAAGAGCGAGGCGCGAGAUGGCAGGGGGCGCAGGGCAGGACGCGGCGCGCGCGCCGCCGGCGCUACCGUGGACGGUGCGUCUCCAGCUCUUCGGCAUCGUGACGGCCGCCGGCGCCACGAUGCGGCGCGACGGCACGAUCAACCGCUUCGUCUACAACCUCCUCGACCGCCGGGUCCGCGCCAGAGCGCGGCCGGACGGGUCCGGCGUCCGGUCCGCCGACGUCGGCGUCGGCGCGCCGCGCGGCCUGUGGGCGCGCGUCUUCUCGCCGUCGGGGGCGGCCGGGGCGCCGCUCCCCGUGCUCAUCUACUUCCACGGCGGCGGCUUCGCGCUGCUCUCGGCGGCCUCGGCCCCCUACGACGCCAUGUGCCGCCGGUUCUGCCGCGAGCUCGGCGCCGUCGUCGUGUCCGUCAACUACCGCCUCGCGCCCGAGCACCGCUGCCCCGCCGCCUACGACGACGGCGUGGACAUGCUCCGCUACCUCGCAUCCACCGGCCUCCCAGGCAUCUCUGUUCCGGUGGACUUCUCCGGAUGCUUCCUCGCCGGGGACAGCGCCGGCGGCAACAUCGCCCACCACGUGGCGCGACGCUGGACGGCAAGCACCACCUCCUCAGAGUCGCCGCCUCCGUCCAACCCAAUUCGCCUCGCUGGCAUCAUCCUGGUGCAGCCGUACUUUGGCGGCGAGCAGCGGACGGACACGGAGCUGAGGCUGGACGGCAAGGCGCCGGUGCUGACCAUGCGGGGCUCGGACUGGGCGUGGACGGCGUUCCUGCCGGAGGGCGCCGACCGGAACCACCCCGCCGCGCACGUGACCGACGAGAACGCCGGCCUGGACGACGGCUUCCCGCCUGCGAUGGUGGUGAUCGGCGGGCUGGACCUGCUACAGGACUGGCAGCGGCGGUACGCCGACGUGCUGCGGCGGAAGGGGAAAGCGGUGCGGGUGGUGGAGUACCCGGAGGCCAUUCACACGUUCUACUUGUUCCCCGUGCUCCCCGACUCCGGCAGGCUCGUCGAGGAGAUGAAAGCGUUCAUGGAAGAGAGCAACGCGUCCGAGCUGACUACUUGAUCACCGCUUCGUCAGUUGAAAUGCCUCAAUCUAGAUCUAGCUGUAAGUGUAUUGCCGUUGCUUUAUGUCGUUUGUAGUUUUGAUCGUGUGACAUAUGAGUGUAAUAGGAUUAGGGUAAUUUAGCAGUCACUUAAUAGUUGCGUUGUGUAAAGGUGGCAAUGUAUUUCUUUUAGCCUAGUGGACAUACUACUCAGUCUAAACGCGACGGUUGGUUGGGACUUGGAGAAGAA